CGGUGUGACAGCGGCGAGCCCCGGCUCCGGCUCCGGCGAGGAGCGCUCGGGCUGGGCAGCGUGUGCUUCCUUCCACGCGCUCCUUUCGGCCCUCGCCGCGCGCCACCUUCUCCCGUUGCCACCUUCUCCUCCAGCUGUCCAGCCCAUCACCUUCUGGCCGAGACCAGGCUGCUCACUUUUAGGUUCGGGAGGUCUUCAGUGGCUUAAAAACAACCAACCAACCAACCCCCCAAAACCUGUUUGAGAGGAGGGGGCGUGGCAGGGAAGGAUGCGAAACCCGGUUCUUCUGCUCGGCUUCUGGAGCGUCUAUUGUUGCCUCCCGGCGGGAAGUCUCACCACCUUAGGUCCCCAGAGGUCGCUGCGAGAUGAACAUCCUAAAGCCUCUGGAGCGCCAGCUACCGUCAGACCCUCUGUGGCUUUUAACAUCCACACUUCUAAGGACCCAGAGCAUGAAGGGUGUAAUCUCCCCCUUGGUGACAACCAGCUCUUGGAGGACUGUGGCUUCAACAUGACAGCCAAAACCUUUUUCAUCAUUCACGGAUGGACGAUGAGCGGCAUGUUUGAAAGCUGGCUGCAGAAGCUUGUGUCCGCCCUGCAGACAAGAGAAAAAGACGCUAAUGUGGUGGUGGUUGACUGGCUGCCCCUGGCUCACCAGCUGUACACAGAUGCGGUCAAUAACAGCAGGGUGGUGGGGCAGAGAGUGGCUGAGAUGCUGGACUGGCUGCAGGAGAAGGAAGAGUUUUCUCUUGGGAAUGUUCACUUGAUUGGCUACAGCCUUGGAGCACACGUGGCUGGAUUCGCUGGCAACUUUGUGAAAGGAACAGUGGGCAGAAUCACUGGUCUGGAUCCCGCGGGACCCAUGUUCGAGGGAGCGGAUGUUGACAGGAGGCUGUCUCCGGAUGAUGCAGACUUUGUGGAUGUCCUGCACACCUACACCCUCUCCUUUGGCUUGAGCAUCGGAAUUCGGAUGCCCGUGGGUCACAUUGACGUUUAUCCCAAUGGCGGCGACUUCCAGCCAGGCUGUGGAUUCAAUGACGUCUUGGGAUCUAUUGCCUAUGGAACAAUCACGGAGGUGGUAAAAUGUGAGCAUGAGCGAGCUGUACACCUCUUUGUUGAUUCUCUGGUGAAUCAGGACAAGCCGAGCUUUGCCUUCCAGUGCACAGACUCCCACCGCUUCAAAAGGGGCAUCUGCCUCAGCUGCCGGAAGAACCGUUGUAGUAGCAUUGGCUACAAUGCUAAGAAAAUGAGAAAGAAGAGGAACAGCAAAAUGUACUUAAAAACCCGGGCUGGCAUGCCUUUCAGAGUUUACCAUUAUCAGCUGAAAGUCCACAUCUUCAGUUUCAAGAACAGUGCAGACAUCCAGCCCACCUUCUACGUCACCCUGUAUGGCAGUAACGCAGACUCCCAGAACCUGCCCUUGGAAGUAGUGGAGAAGAUUGGGCUGAAUGCCACCAACACCUUCCUGGUCUAUACUGAGGAGGACUUGGGUGAGCUCUUGAAGAUCAGGCUUACCUGGGAAGGGAUAUCUCAUUCCUGGUACAACCUGUGGACUGAGUUUCGAAACUACCUGUCUCAACCCACUAACCCCUCUCGGGAGCUGCACAUCCGACGAAUUCGCAUCAAGUCUGGGGAAACGCAGCGAAAAAUGACAUUUUGCAUUCAAGACGCUAAGAAGACUAGCAUCUCCCCUGGCCAAGAGCUGUGGUUUCACAAGUGUCGGGAUGGCUGGAGGAUGAAAAACGAAACCAGGCCCUUUGUGGAGCUGGCCUGAGGGCCCAAGAAGUCCCGAAGUCUAUGCCCACACCCUGCUGCCAUGCACACGGAGGAAAGUUACUGCUGAAGACCCCCUCGAUGGAAGACCUCUGCCUUGAUCCCGGUGCCCAGGAGGAGCUUGCUUGCUGGGCUCACCUCGUCUCCCCCAACUGUGACUUCUCUCAGAGAAACCUCUGCCCUGCUAAAGUUCUAACUCCAAGGCUCUGUUGACACCUCAGGGAGCUGAGCCAAGGUUGUGUGAACACUGGACUAUCCCAAGCCCUGUACACUCUUGGAUGCUCUCCCUUCUGCUAGGUGAGCCCUGGCUUUGUCCAAGAGUAGGAAACUGAGGCUCCGGCAUGGCUCUGCGUGGAAGGUUGGCAGCUGCUUGGCCUCAUGGAACCUUAGUGACAAGUCUUUCCCCAGGAGCUGGCUCAUACCUUAGUGACAGACCUGUUACCUAGAGAGAGGACAGUAGACAAGGCUGGGGCUCUCGUCCUGCUGUCCUCCCGCGUGAGGUACUGGUGGAUCCUGGUUUUAUCUUAGAUAUUCCAUCAUGCUCACCUUCUGAUGCUCACACUGUUGACAUUUCCUUUUACAUUAUUCAUCCUUUGAUUGAACAAACAUUGGCCACGUCAACUAAUUAGCACCAGCAGUAGACACAUGGCUCAACAAGGCUUGCAUGUGGAAUCAAUAGGAUCAGGACCCCUGGAAUCCCUCAGGUCCACUGGCCCUUGAGGAUGCCCGUGGUUAAAGACAGACAGGGCCAACAAGAGGGCCACAGGCUGAUAGAACUGGGGCUCUGAGGCUUUUACAUGCCAUUUCCUCUAAGGGUCGUACUCGAUCGCGCUAACAGAACAGCAAGCAGAAAAUCAUGCCUGCAGGCCACAGCAGUGGAGCAAAGUCCUGCUGUUUAGGGAGCUAGACAGUAUUGCUUGUGGUCUGCAUAGCUGCCUUGCAGAAACCAGUUCCCUCCGCCAGAGCCGGCACUAACAUUUGAUACGGUGUUUUUUUCUUCUACAAAGUAGCUUGUUUUUAUAUCAGUGCCUUAUCGGUUAAACUCCUGGGAAAAGUCCUCUGUUCUAGAUCUUAAUUUGAAGAAUUGAUAAAUGUGAUACCCUAGACACCUUUUUAUGGGUUUUUAGACAGCUUGCGUGUCACCUAAUUCGAGUGCAGGGAGAGGCACUGCCGUUAUCAGUCUUGUUUCACAAAAUCAAGGCUUAGGGCGUUCAGCCUCCUGCUUAGAUAAUAUAUCCAGGUGGUGGUGGGAGGAGGCAAGCUAAGGACCCAGUAAGGCUUCCUGGAAGCAAAGUUCAUGAAAUCCUUUCUGCAACUCCAUUUCACACUAAUAUGUUCCUGAUGUGAUAAGCAGGGGAUUUUUUUUUUACCAGAGCUAUCCAUAAAAUCUAAAUCCUUUCAUUAAUAUACAACCAGAAGAACACAUGGGAGAAGGGUUGAGUUCUUAAGGGUGUGCUGCCGGCUGGCAGGGGGAGGCGGGAGAAGGAUCACUCUCUGCAUCUAGGUUUUUAAUGGACAUUCUUUGUACUGUACCAACUUUGCAUUUCUGUUUCGUGCCAAAGUUCUGAAGACGUAACUAGCUGCAUCUUAACACACAGUGCCCUCUUAACCCCCGCAGUGUGCUUCUGCAGUUGCCCUCUAGCCAAAGUGAAGCUUGUUAUUGGCCAACAUCCCGGUGACUUCCGGCUUCUGUGUUCAGUAAUGGAAGCUUGGGAGAACCGAAUCCUCUGUGAGUUGUGUAUUUAUCCAUGUGGCUUGAAGCCUUGUUUGUAUAUCUGAUGCUUUUUAAAAAUGCUUAGACCACUAUUUAUUUCUCAAGUGUAUAUAAUGUGUAAAGACAAAGAUGUGCUUAGUUUUUACUUUAAGAUUAACUGAUUUCAAGAUUUACAAAGUUUAAUAGUAAAAUUAAAAAAAAAACUAUAC